GCCGGCUGGAAACCUGCAACGAAACUAGCUCAUCAGGAAAAACGGCCAGUGAUUCCGUUUACGCUCAGCUCUCUGCGGUCAGGAACGGGGCACUCUGGGAUGGAUUCGUUACAGAGGCAGGAUCUCCGGCGUCCCAAGAUCCACAGGGUCCCCCGAGCCAGCAUGCGGUGCCUCCAUGCCUACCAGACCCCUACCCUGGCUGACCUGCAGCGCCUCCUUUUGGAACACAGAUCCUCCCUGGGUCACGUCAAUGAAGUGUGGCCCAACCUCUACCUGGGAGAUGCGUACACUGCGAGGGACAAAAGAAAGCUGUCUCAGCUGGGCAUCACCCACAUCUUGAACGUGGCGGCGGGCAGGUACCACGUAGACACAGGGCCCAGAUAUUACCAGGAGAUGGCGGUGGAUUACUACGGGAUCGAAGCGGACGACAGCCCAUAUUUUGACCUCAGCCCCUACUUUCAUCCCGCCGCUCGCUACAUCCACGCUGCACUGAACACCUCGCGAGGACGGGUCUUCGUGCACUGCGCGAUGGGGGUGAGCCGCUCGGCCACGCUCGUCCUGGCCUUCCUCAUGAUCUGCGAGAACAUGACUCUGCUGGACGCCAUCCGGGCAGUGCGCUCCCACAGAGGCAUCUGUCCCAACUCGGGCUUUCUCCGGCAGCUUCAGGUCCUAGACCGCCGGUUACAGCAGGACACCGGGAGACUGUGACGGUGGGCCGGGUGGCCGGCCCCCGAGAAGGAAACCAAGUCCAGCGCCUAGACCCUGAAGGACGAUGCGGGGACUCACCAUUGGCAGGACCCUGAGAUGUACAUAGCCGCCGUCAGAGUUGCCGCUGCCGUUUCUGCUGCCGCUGCUUGGGUGUGAGAAAGAUAGAUUUAGCUGGUGGAAAUACCAUAAAUAUAACUUAUUCAUUAGACUGUAACUUGCAAUAGAGAGAUCAUUGGGCAAAAACAAUUAUUCCGGAUCUUGGGUUA